AAACAAAGAGUAGUAACAAGAAACCCUACCAUCCACUUUUUCUUUACUCUUUAGCUCCCCAUUUCUCCAUCCCCUCAUUUCUCACUCUUCUACCUUCAAUUUUACUAUUCUCUCCAUUAACAACAAAAAUUAAACCACCCACAAUCAAAAAUCAAAUUCCUCCAUAAUCAUGAAGCUCAACAAAAGCAAAAAGAAAGGAAAAGUUCACCCUUCUCCUUCUUCAUCUUCAUCUUCUACAACAAGCAACAAUGAAAACCCUAUUUCCUCCUUGAAUCAUCUUCUUCCAACUGCAAUCUUUACUCUAAUCUCUGUUCUUUCUCUUCAAGACCGUGAAGUUCUUGCUUAUAUGAUUACCCACUCUCUUAAAUCCUCUACUCUUAAUUACCCUUCUUCGUUUGACCAGAAAAUCAACCCCAAGAAAAAACCCAAUAGAAAAACUUCAACAAAUUCUCACAAAUCUCCUAGUUUUGAUUGUGGUUGUUUUGACUGUUACACAAGUUUUUGGUGUCGUUGGGAUUCUUCCCCUCAUCGUGAACUUAUCCAUCAAGCCAUUGAAGCCUUUGAAGAACAUCUUUCUUCUAGUGAAAAAACUAAAAAGAAGAGUUCUAGUUGUAGCAGAACGAGAGAAAAAAACGGUAAUUGUUCCAGUACACAAGCAAUGGUGGGUAAAGAGUCAAGUGGGCCCCUUACACCAGAGGUGGUUUUUUUAGCUGAUAAUGACGUGGAGGAGAGAGAAAUUACGCCGUCGCCGGUGAAUCUAGCUAUGGUUGAUGUGGAGGUGAGAGAAACUGAACCGGACCAAUUUCCGGUCGCCGGCGAAGAACAGGUAGAAAGUGGGACCCAAGAGAAGGAAUUGCAGCAGCAACAACAACAGCAUAAAGGGUUGGCGAGGAAGGUACUCCCGGACUUCAUUGGAAUCUUUCAAUCUCGUUUAUGGAAUCGUCUUUGGGGUCCGAAUGUGUAGAAACUUUCACAACAAUAAAAUAUUAUAAUCAAAUUAUUCCCUUAAACCUUUUUUUGUUGUUUUUUUUCUUUUGUUUUCAAAUUAAAUUCAAAGAAGGAUUUUGGGGAGUAAUGAAAUUAUUAGGAAAGAAAUUAAUGUGUUGUUAUUGGGUUUAUAUAAAUAUAAUAUUAUAAUGGUGUUAUUAAUGUUGGUAGUUAAUACCCGGUAUGUAUACUGCAUUUGCAUUUGCAUUUGAAUAGUGAAGUUUUGUCUAAUUUUGUUAAAUUUUCUU